AUGUUUGACCCUUUCUUGUGCAUUGUACAGUUAUUUUGGGUGCAACCAUCGAGAAAGGAAGGACCGAUCCAGAUAAUCAAACAUCCCCUGGACCUGAAACAUAAACAUCUUAAGGUGGUUGAAUUAUCAGGUUACUAUGGUCGUAGAUGUGAAGAUGAACUUGUCGCAUACUUGUCACAUUAUGCUGUUGGACUUGAGCAGCUUAUCAUUGAUCCACGGAAUAAUACUUCUAUUCCUUGCGUUCCUAUGUUUGAUGAUAUUGAAAGGAGCGAAACAGCAAGGCUUUGUGACAAGCAGCAGCUACCAAAGCUGGUGCCAAAACAUGUUAAACUGAUAAUUCUCUAG